GCAGGCGGAGGACAGACAGGGAACUGGCAGCAGCUGAGUAGUUGGGCUUCGAAGCACUUCAUCUCUGGACUUACUCAGGAAGAAUGACUCUCGCACCUUCGAGCAUCCCAUUCUUCAGCGCCACAGUCUCACAUGGAGCUCCGAACAGCACUAAUGGCACCAGCUGCCCUCCCUAUGAUGGCUGGGAGUGGCUCAGCUCCAAUCAACCAGUGUAUAUCCUGCUCAUCAUGGCGCUGGGAAUCGUGCUAAACGUCUUUGUCCUGAUGGUUUUCCUUUUCCACAAGAAGCCGUGCACAGUGGCUGAGAUCUACUUGAGCAACCUGGCCGUCUCUGACCUUGUCUUGAUGUGCUGUUUGCCUUUCUGGGCUGUCAAUAUAUACAAUGAUUUCGAUUGGCCCUUUGGACUGUUUCUGUGCAAAGCUGUCAACCUGGGCAUUAAGCUGAACGUCAACGGCAGCGUCUACUUCAUCGUCCUGAUCAGCAUUGACCGCUACAUGGCACUUGUGCAUCCAAUGUCUCAGGGCAGAAUGCGGAGGCCAAAGUACGCCAAACUGGCCUGUGUGCUCAUGUGGGGCUUCGGCUUCAUCCUCAGUCUCCCCACAGUCAUCUUCAGGGAGGUCAAAUAUCUGCCCGAAUAUGGCGUGACCGCGUGCUUUCUGGACUACCAGAACGACGCGCUGCAGCUGAUUCUCGACGGGAUGUUGAUCAUCUCUGGCUUCGUCAUCCCCAUUUCUAUUAUCCUUUUCUGCACUGUCAAAAUUACCCAGUCUUUGAAAAUCCAGGCAGUGGAGCGGUUCAGUGCUGAGAAAACGGAGCAGAGGGCCACCACCCUGAUACUGGUCGUCCUCCUGGCCUUCCUCAUCUGCUGGGUGCCCUUCCACGUGGUCACCACGUUGGAGGUUCUCCUAAAGGCUGAAAUCCUGAAAGGAUGUCGACUAUGGGACAUAGUUGAUAUCUGCAACCAGCUUUUCACCUACCUUGGCUUCUCCAACAGUGUCCUUAACCCUUUGCUGUACGUCAUUGUGGGAAAGAACUUCCGGAAAAAGGCUCGGGAAUUCUUCAAGCAGUGGAGCAUUAGGAGAACAGGCACCUUGGAGUCCUCAAGCUCACAACUGUCUUCUCUGAAAACUCUGAAAUAAAUGAUUGUUGUCAAACUGCAUUGUUUGCCAUAUUACAUAUGCCUGAUUACUGUCGUGUUUAUAAUCAUCUCUGUAUUAUUUCUUGAGAAAUUAAGGAAAAUAUAAAAGAUAUCUAUAGAUAACUAGAACAUGUAAAAAAAAAGGUAAUGAUUUCUGUCUUAGCUCAUGAUCACUGUUCUCCAAAUACUCCCUCAAAUUCCAAGAAAAGCAAUUCAGUCGUUUUUCCAUAUUCCUGUUGACAGAUAUAUAGACAAACAUAUUCUUUGUGUCGGACGUAAUGACCUCGCAGAUAAUGAUUCAAAUGAUGAGCUAGAUUUGUGAUUAUAUUUGCACUGGAUGUAAUUGUACGCUCAUGGGACCAAAUCACCCUCCCUCAAGUCUGCAGGAGAGGAACUUAUCUAUAUCUUAUCUUAUCUUAUCUAGAGGGACUUAUA